AUGACCUGCAGCUGCAGCUCUAGAAACGUCUCUACUUCCUGCAGGAGCUGCCUGCCCUCCUCGGGUUCCUCCUGUGGCUCUUCCUACCCCAGCAACCUGGUCUACACCACCACCGGCUGCUCUCCCAGUACCUGCCACCUGUACAGCGGUUGUCAGGAGACCUUCAUUGAGCCCACCAGCUGCCAGACAGAGAUCCCGUGCUACUACCCCAGGAGUUCCACACCUUGCAGUCUCUGCCAGGGGACUUAUACUGGGUCCCUGAGUUGUGGGUCCAGCAACUUCCAUUCUCCGGAAGCUGCUUCUCAGGGGACUGCGGACCCAGAGGCUUCACAUUUCUGA